UGUGUUGAUUGUUGGGCCUAACAAACGAGCGGAAAGUGCAAGAAAUUAAGUUGCGGCUGUGUGAGUGUAAAACCCUUUCUCUCUUUCUAACCAAAACCCUAACACCCUUCCCUACCUUGGAAAAUGAAGGGGAAGAAGAAGACCAUGACGCAAAACGACGACGAGGGAGCUCCCUCUCCAUCUGAGAAGCUACCUUCACCAGUAGUAUCCGAUUACGAUUCCGAAUCCGACUCUGAUUACGAGGACUCUUCUGCAGGUAACGACGAAUCUUCUGACUCGCUGGAUUCUCUAUCUGAAUCAGAUUUAGAUGAUGCUUCACCUGAGAAUGAUAGCGCUGGCAAUUCUGAACCUGCAGAAAAUGAAUUAUCUCAAGAUGAGGACAUUGUCAAUGACGAAGACAGUGAAAGUGAGAGUUCCGAUCUCCAUCAGGAAGGAGCUGAGAGUGACUCCUCUGAGGAUGAGGUGGCUCCUCGAAACACCAUUGGAGAUGUGCCUUUGAAGUGGUAUGAGGAUGAACCUCAUAUUGGAUACGACAUCAAGGGCAAGAAGAUUAAGAAAAAAGAAAAGCAAGACAAGUUGGAUUCAUUUCUAGCAAAUGUUGACGAUUCUAAGAAUUGGAGGAAGAUCUAUGAUGAGUAUAAUGAUGAGACAAUUGAGCUGACAAAAGAUGAAAUCAAACUUGUCCGAAGACUACUCAAGAAUCGGGCACCACAUCCUGACUUCGAUCCAUAUCAGGAUUAUGUUGACUGGUUUAAAUGGGAUGAUGCCAAGCAUCCAUUGUCUAAUGCACCUGAACCAAAAAGAAGGUUUAUUCCUUCAAAGUGGGAAGCUAAAAAGGUUGUGAAGUAUGUUAGAGCAAUUCGCAAUGGAUAUAACCCUUUUGACAAGCCAAAAGAGGAAGAUGGUCCAUAUCUCUUGUGGGGAGAUGAUUCUGGUUCAACAGAAAAAGCAAAUUAUUUGUCUUACAUUCCUGCCCCAAAGCAGAAAUUACCUGGCCAUGAUGAGUCAUAUAAUCCUCCUUUAGAGUACAUUCCAACCCAAGAAGAGAUCAAUGCUUAUCAAUUGAUGUUUGAGGAAGACCGCCCUAAGUUUAUUCCAAAAAGGUUUACAUCUAUGAGGAGCAUCCCUGCAUAUGAGAAUGCUAUGAAGGACUGCUUUGAACGUUGUUUGGAUUUGUACUUGUGCCCUCGAGUUCGGAAGAAACGUCUCAAUAUUGAUCCUGAAUCUUUAAAACCAAAGCUUCCAAGUCGAAAGGAGCUCAAGCCUUAUCCCAUAACAUGUUAUAUUGAGUAUAAAGGCCAUGAAGACGCUGUUACAUCAAUUUCAGUUGAAGCUUCUGGGCAAUGGAUGGCUUCAGGUUCAAGUGAUGGAACUGUCCGUAUCUGGGAGGUUGAAACUGGCCGAUGUCUUAAGCGAUGGGAAGUUGGUGAAGCUGUUAACUGUGUUGCCUGGAAUCCUCUGCCUGAUAUUCAUAUUCUGGCCGUUUGUGUGGGACAAGAUGUUCUUCUACUGAACACUUGUUUGGGGGAUGAAGAAGAGCAGAAAUGUAUUAAGGAGCUUCUCUGGGUUGACUCGACAAUAGCAUCAGAUGACUCUGGGAACAAAGCUCCUAGUGUAAGCUGGCUUAAAGACGAUAAACAUAUGGGUUUAAGAUUAAGGCACUUUAAGACUGUUACUGCUCUAGAAUGGCACCGGAAAGGCGAUUACUUUUCAACAGUGAUGCCAGCAGGUGAAUCAAGAUCAGUGCUGAUACACCAGUUAUCCAAGAAGCUUACACAAAAACUUCCAUUCAAAUUACAUGGACUUGCUGUUAGGUCAACCUUCCAUCCAUCCCGUUCCAUCUUCUUUGUUUGUACAAAACAGAGUGUUCGUGUGUAUGAUUUAUUGAAGACCAAGAUCAUAAAGAAGCUUGAUACUGGGCUUCGUGAAGCCUCAUCCAUUGCAGUUCAUCCUGGAGGCGAUAAUUUGAUUGUGGGUAGCAAGGAGGGGAAGAUGUGUUGGUUUGACAUGGACCUUUCAUCUAAACCGUAUAAAAUUCUUAAGUGUCACCCAAAAGAUAUCAACAAUGUCAUCUUUCAUCGCUCCUAUCCCUUAUUUGCUUCAUGUUCAGAUGACUGCACUGCAUAUGUUUUUCAUGGAAUGGUUUAUUCUGAUCUCAAUCAAAAUCCUCUUAUUGUGCCUUUGGAAAUUUUACGAGGUCAUACCAGUUCAAAUGGGAGAGGGAUACUGGACUGUAAGUUUCAUCCAAGACAGCCAUGGUUAUUUACGGCUGGUGCUGAUAAACUGAUUAAACUUUACUGUCAUUAAUACAAAUACGGAUAUUCUUGUAUACAUGCGAUAUGUGGAUAACAUCUAGGAGUGUUGCGUGCAACUUUAUCACCAAUUUUGUUCAUCAAUUCUUAAAUAGAAAGCACUGCUAGCUGAAAUGAAGGGCAACUGACGAGUUAAUUUCUUGCUCUGGUUUUCUUGACCGUCUUUGUUCACAUAUCACAUUUAUCUUUAUAAAAUCUUUAGCUGAAAUAUCAAUCCUGGAAUUCAUAUCCGCAAAACUUGGCUUGCGGUAGAAACAAAACUUCAAUUUUGAUGUAACGUGUAUCAAUGAGAAGCCCAUUAUUUUAAGACA